AUGAGUGUUUCAGAAUUACUUUCAAAUGAUAAUUUAGAUUAUGAAAAUUUUUCUAAUGAUUUUAUCAAAAAUAUUCUAGAUGAUAGUGAAAGUAGACAUUUAAAAGGAAGAUCACCAGAUACUGCAAAAUUCAAAGGACCUUUAGAAACUUCUAAUAAUGUUAACAACUCACAAAUGAGCAUACCAAAAGCAUCCGGAGGCAAUCAUCACAAAGGAUCCUCGGAUAAGGAGCUUGUGGUACUUGACGUAUGUUGUUUGGUAGGAGGUUUAGAACGAUGA